UCUGUCUGGAAAAACAACCAGAAACUUCUCGUCUGCUCCGUCGUGUAGAAAAUUAAUAGUUCAGAUAUCGUGCGUCCAGAUUUGAAUUAUUUAUUUGCAUCAUUGAACAACCGGCGUGCUGUACAGAAUUGCAUCCCCCAGGGUUGAAACAUCCCUUUGCGAGCUCUUUCAGUCUCCGUGGGUAGAGAAAGAGAACGCCUUCGAAAACGCACUGCGGCGGAGCAGUCUGAACGAGACAGCGUACGGUGACGGCACAGAAACACACGCACUUACACACCGGACACAGCGAGAGAAAAAUGUCUGGCAACGGGGGUGAAACAUUCGUUGUGCUUCCGCCGUGCACGGAAUCCGAUCGGAAGCAGAUCAUUUUCGGGCGCAACGGAGCGGGAUCAACCGAGCACGUUACGGCGGUUGUCUAUCUGCCAGCAGCGGAUGGAAGUGAACCAAUCACUCUGCCAAAUGGUUGCGAGAUCGAGGGAGCGGCCAGCUUUGGAGUGAUCCUCAAUAAACCUGCUGGUAGUUGGGGUGCGGAAAGUGGCUCUAACGAAAAAGCUGUCACGAUUGGACUAUCGUACAGUGAGGGAUCGGGUGAGGAAGGUAAGGUAUCAUCGCUGGAUCUGGUUCGGUUAGGGCUGGAACGUGGUGAUAGUGCGUCCAGUGCCAUCGACAAGCUUGUGGCUUUCGUCGAAAAACAUUGCCCGGAAGAUCGAAAUGCACUGAAGGCUGCCUUGGUAGUAUGUGAUCCGUCGGCCGUUUGGUUGCUAAACGUGGCCGGAAAGUUCUGGGCGGCAAAGCAGGUGCAGGACAGUAGCAUAGCGUUAGCCGCAACAGGUUUCACAAUCGGAACUUGCUUCGAUCGUAGUUCGGACGAUCUUGCAUCGAACGCACAGGCGGCAGGUGCGUGGGAUGGUGCAGGAGAAUUUAGUUUUAGUGAGGCAUUUGGAGGUACUCCGGAUACGGCUGCCGUUCGUUCCUGGCCAGCAAAUGAGCCGGGAGUGGAAGGAGCAUUUGGAUUGCAGCAAAUGUUUGAAUGCCUUCGUGCGGUUGGUUCCGAUCCUCCGACUGGAUCGAGCCAGGUGUCGGUGCUGAGUGGGGAGGGUAAGCUGGCCUGCCAUUGGUUCACAGCAACACCACAAGUCGGUGAGUCGGUAUUUAAACCAUUCAUAUUCACUGCUGGGGCCAAGAUUUCGCCGUUAACUCGGGUGCCGGACGGUGAAACACAAACGCUGCUGCAUCGACUGCAUAGCAACCGGAAGUGGGAGUUAGUCGGUAGUUUGCUUAGCUCGCUGGAAGCUACCUGUAUGGACGAGGUAAACCGUUUCCUCAGUGAACACUCGGGCGAAGCGAGCCAAGAGUUAGACGAACUAAUGAAAGACUGCGUCGAGGCAGAGGUGAAGUUCUAUCGCUAAAGCGACUAAAACCGUUCCCACUCGUACUCGCACAAACCGGCAAAAUGAAGCAACGUGUAGGGCGAACCGUUUCUGUGGGAGUCUCAGCUGUACCAGGUGAAGCUUGCGGAUAACUAUUGGCUUAUAAGCUGUAUCGUGGGAAUAUGUACUAAGUAUUCUUUAAUUCUCGACUAUUUCCGCAAAACCUGGUCGAACUGAGGCAAAGACGGAAUGCAACUCACUACCGUAUAGGACAGUACUGUACUGCUGCGAUAUAAUAACAUUUACCUAUAGAACAGAAACCCGGUAAUCCUUCGGUUCCAGCCGAAAGGAACGUUAGGAACCCGACUUUGCAUCAUGUGAUUAUUUUUGUUUAUUCUACGUGUGCGCGUUUGAUGUGUGUUCUUUAUGUUCUUUAUGUUGUAAUUUUGUUGAUCCUUAUUUUAUGAACUCGUGCUUUUGUCAGACUCUUCGUUUUUCGUUACAGAUCUCUAAAGCUAAUUACAAUUGCUGUGUUAUUAUAGCCUUAAGGAUUUCGAUCUGCAGAUGCAUAGCACACGGACUAGAACAUUCCAUUCCACUAUUUCAACAUUGCUUGAUUUUACUAAAUUCUAUGCGAAUUCCAGAAUGUUAUCGCAUUGAUCAGUAUUGAUGUUCCCGUAACUCGAACAUUCUUUUUCACAGCAUUGGAAAACUAUUUUCCGGUACGAAAUUCAAGAUGCCGCUUGAAAUCGAUAAGCCAAAAGUUGUAACGGAUGUUGUUAACUUUAAGUAAGAAAGUUUUAGAUUUCAUGAAAACAACAAGUAUUUAUCUCACUCUGUAUCGAUUGCGCAGACAUGCAACGUGUGCUACGUGAAAAGCUUGCUCUUUAGUUGCAUUAAAUGUUUAUGGUACGCUAAUUUAUCCUAAAAGGAUUCCAAUGUGUGUGCGUGUGUGUUUGCGUGUAUUUUUAGUGUAGCCGAAGGACUACAGUACUCAAAGCGCAAGGCGAUAGCGAAAAGGCAUUCUGCUUUAUUUUGGAAAUCAUUAUGUUCGAACUGAUGCUUCCGCCACAAAGCAUGUACGCAUUCCGCUAGAUAGGUUUGGAAGACACUCACACAUUUCACUGAUUGAGCAGCUCAGUAUAUGAUUUCAGCCAAAUAAUUAAUAAUAGUCUGCAGUCCAACCCCAGUGUAGCGCUGCUUGUUGCGGCACGCCCAACUCAACCCAAAACAUUCACUCUCUAUUGACUCUUAGUAAUGGAAAACGAAAACCUAGUUAUUCGCAUAAUAAUAUUCAUACACUCGUAAAGAAAAACGGCUUGGCAAGUAUAUGAAACGCGCAAGACGUGGAAGACGGUAGGGCCAAAUGAUUAGGCGGUGGGAAGUAGCAAGACAAGCAUACGCAAGAAAAUGGUCAGCAUUCAAUAGAAAUCAAUACAAUAGCGAUACAAUCAGGUUUUUUUGGCUUGAAAGAUUACGACACGGGACGGGAUGAUAAUGCAUAAAACAUACAUUUAUCAAUAAUAUAUUCAAGGCGGGCUAUGAUGACCGGAUGCGCUAAUAUGUGAUCGUGUGAAGCAACAACAAGAUCGUCUUCGUAAUGAACCAAAUAAUAAUAAAAAAGAACUAUG